AUGAACGGCUCACAGACCCUCGCUCUUCCAAUCCCCGAGGAAGGACCACUCAAGUCCAUCAUCCUCGUCCCUGCUCAAAUUUCUCCGCCUCGGCUCCCUGCUCCAUUUUCAAUCGUCAAGGUCCAGAAACAGACCCCCUCUGCACCCCCGCAAGAAGAACACCCUUGUGGCAAGUGUUGCAAAAACUACGGACCCCGCACGGCUCCGUUGAACUCAUGUUCACUUGGUGCCAGAAGUAUCUUCUUCCCCGACGAGGAUACACAAAAAGAAGCCAUUGCACAUCCCUCUGAAGUCCUUCGGCAAUCGAAUACCUCUUCUUCUGACUUUCUUAUCACCAAUAAAUCUAGCCCCACCGUUUCCAAGAAACGCCGAACGCGUUUCAAUUGCGUCAAAUGCGGGAAGAAGUACAAAAGCGACUACGAUUUAAGACGUCACAUGGAUAUGCACACCGGCAAAACUACUUGUCCAGAAUGCGGAAAGGUUCUUUCAAUGGUCAUGCAUUUAAAAGAGCACUUGCGCAACGUACACAAACGAUCUGAUGAAGAGACGACCGAAAAAGAAUUUGCUAGCGAUCGUUGUAAAAAUGUGUUCAAGUCACGCAUGUCUCUUCGCAAUCGCGAGAGCUCUCUUAUUGGUGAAACGACUUGUAAAUUGUGUGAAAAGAUCUUUCCAACGGUGAGCCAUCUAAAACUGCACGUGUGCUCCGUGCGAAAGCAAUCUCAAAGAAAGACUAAAGAGAGAACUUUCAAUUGUGGUCGUUGUAAAAAAGUGUACAAAUUGCGCCAUGCCCUGAACGUGCACAUGAAGUCGCGCACUGGUAAAAGAACCUGUGAAUUACGGAGGAAGCGCUUGGCAAGAGUCAGGCAUUUUAGGCGGUGUUUACUUUCCGUUCACAAGCAAUCGCAAGAGGCGAUUGUCGGAAGAGAAACUCACUCAAGCGCCCCCUCUGACAUUCACGAGGAAUCCGAAAAGGAGACUGAAGGAGGAAAAGCUCCCUCUCAAGACAUCCGAAAGGAGACCGAAAGAAGUAAAGUCUCCUCACAAGACAAUCCGUCAGGUUCACUGAAGUCCGCCGGCCUUGUCCCUGAGGAGUCGACAAUUUCGAUCAUGGACGGCUCACAGACUCUCACUUUUCUGAUCCCUGAAGAGGAGCCACAGAAGCCCACCAUCCUCAUCCCUGCGGAAGUCUCGCGGUCUCGGCGCCCCGUUCAGUAUUCGAUCAUCAAAGUCCAGAAACAGAGCUCCUCCGCGCCCCCGGAAGAAGAACACCCCUGUGGCAAGUGUGGCAAGAAGUACAGAUCGCACGCGGCUCUGUUCAACCACAUGAAAAUGCACACCGGUGCAACCAAGUGCAAGACCUGUCGGAGGACCUUCGCAACCGUCGAUUCCUUGAGGCGUCACGUACUUUUCACCCAUUCGGUCGUCAAGAAGAAGACAGAGUCAAAGUGA